AUGGAGAAAAUGAAUCAUCAAGACCCAUUGUAUCUUCAUGGUUCUGAUGGACCAAAUACAGUUAGUGUGGAUAAAAUGACUGAAACACAAAAUUACAGAAGUUGGAGGAGGUCAAUGGAAACAGCAUUGUCAUCAAAGAGAAAGCUUGGCUUUGUGAAUGGAAAUGUGAUAAAAGAUGAAAAUGAUAGAGUAAAAGCUGACUUAUGGGAUACACGUAAUGACACAGUCAUUGGGUGGAUAUUGGGGUCUGUCUCAAACUUCAUUAGACAAACCAUCAUGUAUAUAAUGACAACAAAGGAAAUUUGGUUGUACAUGGAGAAAAGGUAUGCAGUGUCAAAUGGAUCCUUGAAGUAUAAACUCAACAAAGAGGUUUAUAGCCUGAAGCAAGACAGCAAUAGCAACAUCAAUGAGUAUUAUACUACCAUGAAAGGGAUGUGGGAAGAACUGGAUUCCCUUGAUCAACUCCCUGUUGUGUCUUCUGAAGCAGAUGAUGUUGUGAAACUUCUUGACAUCCUUGAAACACAGAAAGAAGAGAGGAGAUUACUCCCUUACCAUCUGUAG